UUGAGUCCCUGGCGGGGAGGACGGGCGGGUGCGUCCGCGCUGCCGAGCACGAAGUCGCUGGAGGGGCACACCUCGACGACACGCUCACAGACGGGAGUUCAGACACACACUUCCUGGCUUGCGUGCGAAGCGGGAUCGCAGGGCAAUAAUCCCUCCAUCUUCCCCGGGAGGUUCCGUGCCUGCAAGAUACACGGCACCCACUCGAUGCCACCGGGCCGCCACUGUCUGGGCCUGGGAUCUUGACCCACUUGCCUUCUGUACUUCAGGGUUUAGAGGCAGCAGCAGCAGCAGCAGCCGUCUUGGAUAACUUUUGAUGGAUUCAGGAGGCCUGGAGACCUCUUGUGUGCAGGCACCUGGACAUAAUUUUCAUUCAGCCCUGCCCGAUGUUCCGACCUGGACUGCGGUGCCGACGAGGAAACCGAGGCUUAGCGGGAUCCCUAAUCCAAGGCCACGCCGAGCGAGCCUGCUGGGAUUCAAGCCAGGAGCCUGUCUCCAGGGAGCAUUUGUCACAGCCUUACCCUCUUCCGGGAGGAGCAACGCUUACCCUCGUGGACCAACAAUCGAAUUAACAUGCUGAUACACACAUGGGAUGAGUGACGCCCUCAAAUGCUUGCAAACACAGACACACACUCGGAAUUUCAGAAGCUGCUUCUGCUGUGUGUCCUGUCGCUUGGAAGGCACAGCUCCAGCAGCACCCAUACAAAAUGAGGUCUCCGAUUUAAGGUGAGAGGUGGCAGCUGCCCUUCCAGGAGCCAGUGGGGAAACCUGGGUGGCUGGGUGGGGACACCUGCAAGUCCUCCCUAAGCCAGCUACCACCCUACACUGUUGGCCUCCCUUCUCCAACUGUGGGGAUGCUGCUCAGGCCUUUUGUGACAUCACACCCAAGAGUCCCUGGGGUCCAGUCAUUGCUGCUGGGCACAGCGAGGUCCAAGCUCAGGUCGCCCUGCCCCCUACCCCCCAUGCCAGAUCCAGCAUCGUUGUGGGCAAACAAUUAUCUGGAUGAUCUUUAUGGGGCUUAAGCUUGGGUGGGAGCAGAUGGGGCAUGAGCUGGGGAUUUGGGGAUGGGGGGAAUCCACACCCCCACGUCCUGGACGUUUAAAAGGCCCUCUCUGGCACUGGGCCGGGGCAGAGGCCAGCAGAAAAGUGACUGGAGUCCAGGGACAUGAUGGAUCAGGAGGAGAAGACGGAGGAAGGCUCAGGCCCCUGUGCCGAGGCGGGCUCCCCAGACCAGGAGGGCUUCUUCAAUCUGCUGAGCCACGUGCAGGGUGACCGGAUGGAGGGGCAGCGCUGUUCACUGCAGGCCGGGCCGGGCCAGACCACCAAGAGCCAGAGCGACCCCACCCCCGAGAUGGACAGCCUCAUGGACAUGCUGGCCAGUACCCAGGGCCGCCGCAUGGAUGACCAACGUGUGACAGUCAGCAGCCUGCCCGGCUUCCAGCCCGUGGGGUCCCAGGACGGAGCACAGAAACGAGCUGGGACCCUCAGUCCCCAACCCCUGCUCACCCCUCAGGACCCGACCGCUCUCAGCUUCCGUCGUAACAGCAGCCCCCAGCCCCCGACACAAGCCCCCUGAGGGCCUGAGCCAUCCUGGGUCUCACUCAGCCCCCAAAAACUGAUAAAAGAAUAAAACACUUAAAUGAAUAACAA